CGUGCAGCAUGAUGCGGAACAGUCGCUCCGCGCGGUAGAUAUGUAAUGUGUGGUUCAGUUCAGUCUUCAUAGACAUCGUCGUCUAGAACGCAUCGUGGUGUUUAUUAUAUUAUUGUGAAACCAACUGAAAAUUAGUGAAAGUCUAUUUCUCUAUUUACUGAUUUUUUAUCACCGAUCAAAUGGUGCGUUAUUCUUAAUUUAAUUAUUAAUGGUGAAUGCGAUACAUUAAACAAAAAAAACUUAUUCCCUUUUGUUCAUACAAAUACGAAUAAUUUGCCUUCGCUUAUUUCUUUAUCAGUUCUUAACACUUUUACUGCCACGAAAUAUAGAAAUGACGCGUGAACAUCGAGUUCAAUUAAUUUAGCAGCAGUGUUGUGACUUAACGGAUAUCGUCUAAAAGAAACGCUACCCUUAGAAGACAACGAUGGAAGAAGUAUCCACUGAAAAUGCUAAGGUGUCGGAUUCGGGAUAUUCCAAUACUUGUAGCAACAGUCAAUCGCAACGUAGUAGUGGCAGCUCAAUCUCGAGAAACAGUAACCGCUCCGAAAGUAGCGGUUAUUGCGGUAGACGCCCCUCGACAUUUGGAUCCAGCAACGAAGCACUACCGCAGCCAAUCAGCAAAAGAAAGGAUAAAGAAUACAAGAAGAAGAAGUCGAAGACGAUUUUGGCUGUUAACGCUGAGACAGAUAUUAUCCUGAAAAGUGCCGGCACACCGCCAGAGGCUGUGUCUUAUAGUGUCACCGUCCCAACGAAGCCAAUACUUGAAAAAAAAUCAGAAAACAUGGGCAGGUAUGUCCAAGAAGAACAGAAUAUAACGACGAGAAUUUUUGUUGGGUGUAUACAAGAAGAAGUAGCCAUAGAAUUGGUGGAUGCAACGGAUCCCGGCGAGCACAACGGCGAUAACGUCACAGAUGUGGAAGUAGGACUUGCUUCUCGUACGAAUCCUCUGGAUGAUUCCGCCUCUCAAGCCAAUGAGGGAUUUUGCGCGGUGAUUUCGAUGCAUGAUGGCCUCGUGUUGUAUACGACUCCCUCGAUAUGCACAGCUCUAGGAUACCCCAAGGACGCAUGGAUUGGCCGAUCUUUCAUUGACUAUGUACACCCCAAGGAUAAGGCUACACUGGCCGAUCAGAUUUCAAGCAGUAUAGUGUCGCCUCAAGAAGAUAGACCGAAAGGUAUUAACGGUAGAAGGGCAAGUUUAUUCUGCGGGUUGCGAAAGUUUACGAGAUCGAUUAUUCACCAGUCCAAUGAUCAGCAUAAGGCGGCGAGGUCGAAUUUCUACCUUCCGUUCCACUUGACCUUAUCGUUCAGGGAUUUUCGAGACCGUGCAACUGAACAGCAACACAAAGCAAUGUUCCUGGUGGUUACUGCCCAACCUGUUCAUUCUGCAUAUAAAGCGCCAGAAGAAACGAUAAUAUCUUCGGUAUUCACGACCCGCCAUACUGCGACCUGCUACCUAUCUCACGUCGAUCCCGACGUAGUCCAAUACUUUGGCUAUCUACCUCAGGAUAUGGUUGGCCGUUCGCUAUUCGACUUCUACCAUCCCGAGGAUCUGCCCUUCAUCAAAGACAUCUAUGAGACUGUGAUCAAGCUCGAAGGUGCCUCCUUCAGAUCGAAACCCUACAGGUUCGGAGUGCAGAACGGAGGCUACGUCGUCCUCGAAACAGAGUGGUCGUCCUUUAUCAAUCCCUGGACGAAAAAACUAGAGUUUGUCGUAGGUCAACACAGGGUACUGAAAGGUCCAGCAAAUCCUGAUAUCUUUCGCUUACCAUGCGCAACUGAGUAUGGUCAAUUGGCUAACAUUAGCGAGGAGGUGCUAAAAGAGGCCAAGAUCAUACAAGGAGAGAUACGUACACUUCUUGACGAGAACAUCCAAAGAAAGUCAGAUAUAACCGAGCUUGAUGUGUCAAAGAGGUGCAAGGACCUUGCGUCCUUCAUGGAAAAUCUGCUGCAAGAGACGAGGACGCCUGGUCUUGGGAAAGAUGUGCUCGCUACCGACGACAGGAGUUUUUCGGGAUCACGCAAUCCCUUGUUACAGGAGCACGACAGCGUGAUGCUUGGUGAGAUUUCGCCCCAUCGCGAGUACUACGACAGUAAAUCGUCCACUGAGACACCACCAAGUUACAAUCAGCUCAACUACAACGAAAAUAUUGAAAGAUUUUUUAAGAGUAAGCCACCGGUUGCCACCAUGUAUGGCAGUGACGAAGAGAAUAUUAAUUCCAGCAACGAUGAAGGCGAAAAGACAAGCCCGAAUUCAGCAGUGAGAAAAUGCAUGUCACCGAUAAACGGAAGCGGUGGGAGCGGCAGUGGUAGCGCAGAAAAUCUAAGCAGUGGUUCGAACAAUCAAACAAGCUCAGCGAGUAGAGGCAAUACGUCGAAUACAACUAGCACGGAAAGUUUCAAACCUCCAACGUUGACAGAGUCGUUGCUCAAUCGUCACAAUGAGGAUAUGGAGAAGUUGAUGAUGCAGAAGCAUCGGGAACUUCGAUCUAGCAUUAAGGCCAGCGACAAAUUGAAGGAUUCUCGAAUAAAAACCACCGAGAAAAUGUCGACGGACCCGAACACGCAUUUUAUUAAUCAAGGUCAUGGAGUUAAGAGAAGCGGAAGCCAUAGCUGGGAAGGAGACAGUUUUAAAGUUUCAAAGCAUGACGAGGUGUCAAGAACAAGUACUGCGGGUCAGUUCCCUACGAAUGUCACGACGACAGUCACAAGCAUGAGCGUCGAUCAAUCUACCGUAAUUCAAAAAGGUGCCAACAUCAAUUUGUGGCAGCCUUUAUCGGUUACUGUGCCCCCUGCCUCACCUGCUCAACCACACAAUGUGCCACAAAACACGAAUUCACAAGCAAUACCCAAAGUACCAAUACUGCCGCCAAUGAUACCAGUGUAUUAUAUUCCCGUACCACAAACUAAUGAUCCUGCAGUUUUAUCAUCUCUACAAGAGAAACUUAGUCCGCCUCAUUCAAUGCAACCCCCACAACCAAAUCCUUAUAUGUUUGUGCCAGUUUCAUAUGUGACGACGGCGAUGGCCGGUGUCAUUUAUCCUCCAGUAAUAGGUGCCCCGUCAGCGGGCAUGAUGUACAGACCAUUCUUGAUUCCCGAACAAACAUCAGUCACGCGUGAAAAUAAUCAGUCUACAAUGAACAAAUGCUCCGAUCGAAAACGUCCAGCGAGCCAAGCAACAAGCGUAAAAGCUGAACCGGGUAGCAGUAUGGCUAUGUCAGAAUCUUCUAAAAAAGUACUAUCACCCGGUGAAUUAUUCUCUUCUUGCGUGAGCAAUGACGGAGGUUGCUCGAGCUUAGUGGAUGCACCAACGCCAGUGAAUCAAAAGAUCCACAAACAAAACGACUACUCCGUAGACGAAUCGAGCUCGUCGAGUUUUUACAGUAGUUUCCUAUAUAAGAGCAGUGAUAGCAGCUGCAAUCCAGAUCAAAAGCCAACAGAAUAUCUGCCAGAGGAGAGUAUGAUGAAACAACAUUAUGGGAAGCGAAGAAAAGAGCCACCGUGGCUCGAAGGUGUUCAAUUAACUCCAGAAUUAAUAUACGAGUAUCAAAUACAUCCCAAAACUCUGAACGAAGUACUUCAAGCAGACAUGGAUGCCUUAAAAAAUUUCAAUCAACCCCUUUUGGUUAACGAUCAAUUGGGUCAGCUUUAUCUGGACUUAGAGGUCGAGGGGUUCGAAACGAAGCUUGUUCUCGAAGAUGGGAUUACUUCUAGUGGUAGUGACAGUGGAAGCAGCAGCGGAAGUUGGACGGCUGGUACAGUGUCACAGCAAAAACAUAGAAGGCGAAUGGUGAAAUACGGUAAACUUGUGAUGAUUCACGAAGAGAAUGCACCAUUGCCACCGGCGCUACCACCUCAGUCCGUACCUUGCCAGCAAUUAUAGUAAAAACCUUGUACAACCAAUUUGCAAUUAACUUCUGUUUUCAAGUUCAAAUUGUUUGCUUGCAAUGCCAUACUUCGAUGUUGGUUCUAAUACCUACGUUACAAUUGAUCGCUGAGUACAAUGCCAAUGUCAUUUAGGCUACUUUAUUUUAUUUUAUUAAAUUUAUAUUUUGAGGCAGAUGACAUUCUUUACAUUAUUCAAAUUUACAGAUUUACGAUUAACUUUUUAUAUAUCUUUAGUCGUUUGGAAAAAUACUUGUUUAACUUUUUUCUUAUGACAGACAUAUAUUAAUAGUUAUUACCAAUACAUAUAUAUAUUUAGUCCUUGAAGCACUUAAUGUUAUUGAUUGAUUUAAGAAUAGUAGUUUUAUUUUUGUAAAUUGUUCAUUAUUAUUUUAACUGCCUCAAAUAAGUUUCCUUGUAUUCGAGCAUGAUAUCAAUUCAUAUAUUUAAAUAUACAUAUAUAUAAUAUUAUAAAAUGGAAAAUCAAAAUCAUAUUGCUUAAAAAGUUAGUGAUUUGGUAAGGCUUAAGUCCUUUUUCUCGUUCAAACGAAAUUUACUGGUAUUUUAUUAUCUCCGAUGAUGGUAUUUUUACACAUCUACCAUGCAGAUGAUAAUUUUUAGACAUAUUUAGAUACUCAUGUCUCAAGUAUGGGAAACGUUUCAGUUAAACUACAAGGUUCCUGUAACCGGGCAGACAUUGACGUCCACGUGAUUGUCUCUAAUCAAAUUGAAUUCUAUUCGAUCAUCUUUUUUGUUCAUAUAUAAGUUAGUUAUUAAAUUUUCAUUAUUACAAAAAUAGAAAAUCCGUUGGAAAGUCUGUCGCCUGCACAACACUUGAUAUAGAUUUAAUAUAAUUAAAAAUGGAUGCUGAAGAGAGAAGAUAGAGUGAAUUGAUGUAUGUUAUUAAUAAAAUUGUAUACAUAUAGGGUGAGAUGGAAAUCGCAGUACAACGAAGAGUAGGUGGUGAUCUAGGUGAAAAAAUAAAUAUAUAUAAAAUUUUUUCAUAAGAUGCUUCAUUUUCGAGAAAAAUAAAUUUGAACAUGUGUUUUAUAUAUGUACGUACACACCACACCAGUCUUCAACGUGUUCAAACUUUAUUUUUUUGAAAAUGAGGCUUUUAAAGGAAAAAUAUCAUUUUCAAUUUUUAUAUAAUAACAUCCUGCUGAUUGUUUACUCCUAUCUAGUCAUUUUUACUUUAUUUUCAAAUGUAAUUUUGAUUAUAUACCCCUGUUGAUUAUAUACUCUUCUUUAGUCCGGAAUUAACUAAUUAAUUAUACUGAUCAAAUUUUGAAGCUCAAUUUUCUCAAAAACAAAGCCUCGAAUGAAAAAAUGUUAUACCAAAUUUUCUUCUUAUCUUUUCACGUAGAAUCACCGCCUACCCUGUUGUACUACGAUUGCCGUUCCAUCCUAUAUACAAUAUAAAUAUAAUUUUAUCAAUAGCAGAGCUAAAAAUGAAGUUGGAUCAAUACGUUGAUUCCUCGACAUAUAAUAUGUACAUAUAGCCUUUCGUUGAGCAACGAUUUUCAUUCUCAUUUAUAAUCAAUUUUUCAUAAUGAUACUUUAUCAUUAUGUUAGGUAUUUUAAGUAGGUUUAAAUAGUUGUACUUUUUAAGGAAGAUUAUUUUUCUAAUAUUUUACAUUACAUAUUGAUUAUUUUUUCUCACUUUAUUCUUAACGACAUCGGAUUAUAUUUCAUUGAUAUUUAACAUAUACUAUAUUUACUUUGAAAUUAUUAUAAAUAGUGAAAAUUCUGAUUUUGAUAUGGGACCAAGUAUUGAGAUCAUUCGUCUUUGAACACACAAUAUUGGAUACGCUACCUCAACAUGAACGUAUUUCCAUUCACAUAAAAGAGAUAAAAAUAUAUGUAAUUCGAAAAUAUAAUUCAUUAUAUAGUCAGUAGUAUAAAUUAAAGAUUUCGAUUGAAUAUAUAUUUAACAUUUUUAAAUAUAUACUAUCUUACAGCCGAUGUAAUAAGCUUUUUUAUCUCGUAAUAAUUCUAAUCUUUUCAAAUUUGUUCAAUGAAAUUAUACUAAUAAAUUUUGUAUUCGUUUAUAUUUGUAAUCCUAAUAGUAAUUUUUAUAUUUAUACCAUGAUGAUGAAAAUUCUCAUUUAAUAUUGAAUAUACGUAUUUGUAUAUUUUCCAUAUUAUUGUAAAAAAUAAUUUUACUAUUCAUAUAUGUAUGUUUCAUAAUACAGAACUGAAAAGAUUAUAUUUACAUGUUCAUUCAAUAUGGGAAGAGUAUCAUUCUAAAAUCUUUAUUCUAACAUUUGUAUGAUCGAAGAAUAUUUUAUAUACCACCAAUUUGUAUACAGCAUAUAAUGAUUGAUAUACCUAUUGUAUUGUGUAAUUAAGAGGUAGAAAAGAUAUUUUGUAUACCAAUGAUCUGCAAACUUUUUAAUUAAACGGUGUGGCCAGUUCACUAAGAGAUCAUGAUGCUGAUUUUAUAAAUGUGAAAGGCGAAAAGAAAAUGAAGCGUUAAACGUCCCUUAUCCUGUAGAUCGUAAAUCUAGUCCACAUUGUAUACAAUAAUACCACAAUUAUAUUACAAAGACUUUGUAAAGAAACCGAACGAUGUUAAUUCGACUAAGAUUAUUCAAGCAACAUUGUCCGUUUUUAUAUGAAUAUUUAAUAUCGACUAUAUCUGAAACAAAGAAACGAAGGUGCCGAUACUAAAUAUUUUUACGAAAUAUUAAUCUUUUUUUUAAAUAUAAUUCGAUCAAACUAUAAAAACUGAUUAUCAUCAUCAGGCUGGAAAAUUCUAAAUGAACAAGCUAGAGUGAUAGUGUCGAUGAUUUUGGUUUUAAGAAAUUCAACCUACGAGUCUUAUUCUUCGUUUUCUAAGACCACAUACGUUGGCACAAAAAUUUAUGAUUUCUUUUGACAAUUGACUGUUUAAGAGAUAUAUGUGUGAAUGAAUAAAUACGUGUAUGUACAUUCGUAUAAUAUACAUGUACAUGUACACAUGCAUUUAUUUGUUUCACUUAGAGUACGUUUUCUUUUAGCAUUUGUAUUUAAGCGCCACGAAUGUGCGAUAAUAAUAGUUCAUAUUACAAUAGACAUGUUCGUCUAACGAACGGUAUUUAUAUCUCGCUUGUAUGCUCUUCCCGCUUUUCAGAUACAGCUCUUUUUACCGCACGUCGAGUGUGAAAAUCUCUAAGAAAUAACAUAGAUAAUAUACGAAUAAUGAGAAGUGAUAAGAAAAUUUACUUCUUGGUUGUAUCGUUUAUCUUUCUCUUGCAGUAUUAUAAUAAUAAUAACAGGUUUAAGGAAAUUGUAAUUAUGAAAAACUAAUACAAAACUAACGUCUCAUGUAAGGAAUAUCUCGUUCAAUCACGGUUGAAUCUGUUUGAUUUAGAAUGCAAUAGAUAGUCUUCUGCUGGUUUUAUUACAUUAUUUAAAACAAUUUGUAUAUUACUUAUUUUAUAUCUUAUGAUUGUACGUUGAUUCACGUAACAAAUGUUUGUUAUAACGCCGAUGCGACGAUGAAUAAUGGACUUGGUAUAUUAUUGAUAAAUAUUAUUACACGAAAUACGUUUAUAUCACAUUACGUCUUGGGAUCUAUAGAAACGACUGACUCUCGUGCAGUUUGUCAUAAUAUUUGAUAAGUACGAAAGAUUAGAAUAUCGUGUACUAGUAUCCGAAUACUUUUCCUCUACAAUUUUUUAUAUGCAUUUACAAUUUUAUAAAUGCAAACGAUAUGAUCGAUUUGUCUAAAUAGUCUAGGCAUACAUUUUUCAGCUUAUAUGCUAGUAUCUAAAUCUCUGUAUAAUCUAAUGCUCAAUUUUAAAUAACUAUAAACUGCAUGAGUCAAAUGUUUAUAGAAUUCAAUACAAUUAAUCUUAAUUUGUUACAUUACAUCUGGAUUGUAAUAACAUAAUAAUAAUAACUGCAAUAUACAUACCAGGCA